CUCUCGCCUUCCUUCCUCCUGCAGGGGCGGAGCUGAACUAGGAGAGACGAGGCGUAGAAGCAAAGCCACCGAAGCAAGAGAUACCCUCGGGCGCCUGUUGGGUCAAGUGAGGGAACUAUAUACAGCAACAAAGGAGAGGACUUCAGAAGAGGCCAGUGAUCCUGCCGGGAAACCACAAUGGCAGACAUAAACCAUAUAAUGGCAUUGCCACAAACUUUGACAGAUGCAAAAAAUACCUCUGGUUCUGGAGGGAAAAGCAUACCUGUUAGCAAAUCGGUGGACUCUGUGAUACAGGCAGAUGAGAGUUACAGAAUGGACCAUGCAGAAAUGGGGCUGUGUGUGUUAGUCAACAAUAAGAACUUCCAUCCAGCUACUGGAAUGGCAUAUCGAUCUGGUACAGAUGCAGAUGCUGCACGUGUUGUAGACAUUUUCAGGACCUUGGGCUAUAUCAUCAAGCCUUAUAAUGAUCUUGCAUGUAAACAGAUUAUUGAUGUUUUGCAAAAUGUUGCCAAGGAUGAUCACAGCAAGAGAAAUAGUUUUGUUUGUGUUUUGCUAAGCCAUGGAGAGGAUGGACUGAUCUAUGGUACAGAUGGUCCUCUAGAGUUGAAAAUGCUGACGAGUCUCUUCAGAGGAGAUAGGUGCAGGACCUUGGCAGGAAAGCCCAAGCUCUUUUUUAUUCAGGCUUGUAGAGGAACAGACCUUGAUUCUGGUAUUGAAACGGACAGUGGUCCAGAUGAAUACGUGUGUCAAAAAAUACCCGUGGAAGCAGAUUUCCUGUAUGCAUAUUCUACUGCUCCUGGUUACUACUCUUGGAGGAAUUCAUCAGAUGGCUCCUGGUUUAUACAGUCACUGUGUGUGAUGCUGAAACAAUAUGCUAAAAAACUUGAACUUAUGCAGAUUCUAACACGUGUAAAUCACAAGGUUGCAGAAUUUAGUUCCUAUUCAAAUCGGCCAGACUUCCAUGCAAAGAAGCAGAUCCCCUGUAUUGUGUCCAUGCUCACAAAAGAUUUUUACUUUCCUCAUUAAACAUCUUUACUUUUUGAUAUGAAAGCUAGCAGAAAAGAGAGCUAGCAUUUAUGCCAUUUUGAAUUUUGUUCAGUCUCUUGUGCCUAAGCUCUUAAGAUCUAUGCAGGGCUAAAUAUUUCCAUCAUUAGAACAGUAGAUGAUCAAGCUAGUUCAGAAAAAUCUGAUUUGGGGUAUUUAAAUACAUGUUGAUUUGUAACCCCUUUGUAAGAAAGAGAUCAAAUAACUUAUUGAUUUACUGUAACUGUGUAUUCUAGCAGUAAUAAAAGCAAGAAAAGCGUCAUAUUAAAAUAAUUUCUAAUUUUGGUAACACUGUUACAAUCCAGUCCUAAGAAUAUUUACUUGGAAGUGAACUACUUUGGUAUAAAUAGGAAUUGUUUCCGCAAAUAAAUGUGGCUAGGAUUGGAGUGCUAGUGUCAUUACAAAUUAGUGCACCUUCUAACAUGGUGUAAGGACUAAACUAUUGACUUUCAUAUACAAUCAUGUAGCAGAAUCAAACUUUUGAGUCUUGUUUUUUUCAUCGGUUUGGCAACUUAUAUAAAAGACCAAAUGAAAAGCUUACAAGCAUUGUCAAAGCCUUUUGUACCAUAGCUAAAAACAAUCUUGUUUACUUCUUAUGUUUAACAGAUUACAGCUUAGAACCCUGUUCCUGACUAAAUCCAAGAUAUGUAGGUUUUUACACUUCAGUUAGAUUUAGAAGUUUGUACAUGUGGUUGUUCUUGUAGAUAGCAUAUACAUUCAACCUACUCCUAAAAAACCUUUUGUGAUUCUUAGCUAGUAAUCAAAUAGACUAAGAGACUUAUGACAAAUGUGUUUUUUCUAGUUUUGACUUUGCACUUUUUUCACGUGUAGCAUGUUUCAAUAUAUUAAAGAAGCACCUGUUCACCUACAGUUUGGGUUAAAACUGAACCCCUUCUAGCAUGCUGAAUCUUAGGUAAUUUACCCCUUUGUAGCUCAAUAAGAAAAUGAUCUUCAGAGUAUGUGUGAGAGGACAUGAACUGAAGUCUUCCACAGUCACCCACUUCAUAUGAACUUCAAAAACACUUACUCAUAAGGAAAUAUUUGCAACCUGAUGAAUCACUUCAAAUAUAUACACCUUGUAAAAACCUUGUAAACCAAUUCAGACACAACCACAAACUGGUUUGUUGAUAUGUAUACAAGCAGGUGCAAGCCUUGGGCCUGCAUACUUCUUCACACAAGUGGAGAAGAGUUUCAAUCCUCCAUUCAAGGGCAUCAGGGCUUUUUACAGUUGUGGGGGGGACAAAGCCAGCAGUCCUAUCCCCACUCCCCCCAGGAGUAUGCUCCAUUGAAUUCAGUGGGACUUGGCUCACUUGGAGGGGGACUGCCCCUCUCUGCCCCCGCCGCAAUGUCCAUGCUUCCAUCUGCAGUCUUUAACAAACCACAGUUUCUCCCAUAUGUGUUAAAAUGCAGGAAACUGUCAUUUGCAUAAACCUGAUCUGAAAAGCAAGCGUUAAACAUCCUUCCCUUGUGUGCAAAGGAAGGAGGGGAAAGAGAUACAACAUAAGAGGCUAUUUCAGUGUGUUCUCAUCACAACAAACCAUGGUUUAUUGCCACAUGUGAACUGAGCCCGAGUAUGUAACUUCCUUAACGUUUGUGGUGUUUGCAAUGCUUAGAGAAGAGGAUGAAAGUUAUUAUUAUUAUUACAUUUAUAUCCCGCUCUUCCUCCAAGGAGCCCAGAGCGGUGUACUUCAUACUUGAGUUUCUCCUCACAACAACCCUGUGAAGUAGGUUAGGCUGAGAGAGAAGUGACUGGCCCAGAGUCACCCAGCUAGUAUCAUGCAUGGCUCAAUAGGGAUUUGAACUCAGGUCUCCCUGGUCCUAGUCCAGCACUCUAACCACUAUACCAUGCUGGCUCUCAUUCUCAUUAAAGUUUAGCGCACUAAAGUUCUCUUUAGCACAACUGAGCUAUUUGUGUGCUGCUCUGGAUUGUGGCCUUUCAUCUUGACCCAGAAUGAAGACUGUGCAAACACAAGCCUUCUGUGCUCACACAAGCCUUAUGAAUGGCACAAAAACCAGCAAGGUCAAUUGGGAGAUCUCAAGUUCAGCAUUCAUGGCUGCCUAGGAGGGUACAAUCUUAUUCUAGCCUCCUCAAUUGUAGAUCAUUGUAAGAAGCUUUGAUACUGAGAGGCCUUAAUCUCGCCUUUCCAAACAAGAGAACCAAUGCUCAGCAGCAUCUUUGUAACUUGUGAUACUUGAUUGUUUUCAUACUUCUGAACUAAUCUAAAUACACCAGCUCAUUUUACAGGAAAUAAAAAUUGUUGGCUGUAUUAGGUGUUUUUAAAUGUUAAUCUCGUACGGAUUUUCUAGUGCACGGUGAGCAAUACCAGCAAUUUGAGCAUAUCAUUGUAGUCUAGAUUCUCUGGGAAUUUAACUUAUUAAUUUAUGUUUAUAAUGUAUUGUAACUUUUUGUAUGAGAACCUAAUAAAACAUACAUUGUUUAAUUGGC